AUGGUGCUUGCAGUGUCGACGGCGCUGGCGUCCAAGCACAUGGCCGCGGACAUGGAUGACGACAUUGAUGCCACAGCGAGCCCACGCCUGUAUCGACGGAGCGAGAGCAAGGGUGUCAGUGCCAUAACGCACCCGUGGCGGCGCAAGAUGGCGGAAAUGUUCAAGUCGUCGAAGCUCGAAAUUCUGAUUGGGCUGAUCAUUAGUAGCAACAUGGUGGUUGUGAUUUUAGAGACGGAUGCAACAGCGGAUGACCAAGCAGCACCCCUGUGGAUGCGAAUCGCGAAUUGGGGAUUUUUGGCGGUUUACACUAUAGAGGCCGCGGCGAAGAUAUACGCAUUGCGCUGGCUGUACUUCGGAGACUCGUGGAAUCUCUUGGACUUCACUGUUGUCUUGCUCGACAUGGCACUGACCAUCACAGCUUUAUUCCAGCUCUCUGGAAGUGGUGUGUCCAUGUUGCGGAUAUUUCGCAUGGGCAAGAUGGUCAGGAUUUUCAGAGUUCUGCGGCAGAUACAGGAGUUGAAGAUCCUGUUGAUGAGCUUCGCAGCGGCAGCCAAGUCCAUCGUGUUCGGUAUGGUCAUGGUCAUCAUUAUGAUGACAAGUUGGUCAGUCCUUGCCGUUCAGUUCCUGCAUCCCAUCAACAAAGAGAUAUGGGCAAAUAGCGACUGCGAGCGCUGCUCUCGUGCUUUUGCCACUGUGUGGGAAUCUCAGAUCACAAUCUUCCAAACUGUGAUGAUGGGAGAUGCCUGGGGCUUGAUCGCGAUUCCGCUCAUUGAACGAGCGGUUUGGGCCAGCACGUUUUUCCUUCUUGUCUACAUUAGUCUCCAGCUGGCAAUGCUCAAUCUCAUCCUCGCUGUCAUCGUCGAGCGUGCUGCGAGCGCCAAGGAGCUCGACCUUCAUCAGCAAGCGCUGGCAAAGGAGGAAGAGAUGCUACACGCCAAGGAAAGCCUUCUGAAGCUCUGCCGGUUGAUGGACAGCGACAAGAGCGGGAGCUUGGACUUAGAGGAGAUCAAGACGGGCUUCAACACCAAUCCGAAGUUUGCCAGUUCAUUGGUAUCCAUGGGGGUGUUUCUCGAGGAUGUGGACCUGCUGUUCGAGGUCCUAGAUGUCGAAGGCACCGGUGAAGUUCCGUAUGUGGAAUUGGUGGACACGCUCGCGCGGCUGAAGUCGCAGAUCUCUUAUGUCAUCCUUUUUCAACUGACGGCGAUCCAGAAGCACGUGCGCGACUUGCGCCGGAAAACUGCCCGGAUUGACGAGGCGACAGCGUCCCAGGAGCUUGGGAGCCCCAUGAAGGCAGUGCCCUCGGGCCCGGCAGCACUACCGCCGACCGGCCAAGCCGAGUCGGCGAGCUUCCGCAGGCUCGUAGACUCCAAGUUUACUGACAUGAUGAGAGAGACCAAUCAGCGUUUCGACCAAAUCUUGCACGAAAUAUCCCGUGGCUUCGACCAAGCGCAGAGGAUAGCAGAGAAGACGGACAGCCGUCCCGGUCCUGACCACGAUCGACCCGCAACCCUCUUCGAAGCAUUGACGCAGGAGUGCAGCACUGAGGCCAUGCGCGUCCUUAGGGAAGACACAGUGGUGGGCUUGAACGAACGACUGAAUACCGGCGACACCACGCUCAUACGAGCCAUCAAGAACCAGAUGUGGGAGGUUGCCUUUGAGAUUCUUCGACACGAGGAAUUUACGCAGCUCAAUGAGAGCGAUUCAAUGGGACUUUCCGCCUGGCACCAUGCACUUGUUCGGGAACGCUCCGAUGUCGUGGCAGCCAUAACGAAUCGACCUGAUUUUGCUGCUGUCCAUGCGCUGGACUUGAAUGCAGUGGCGCAGCAUGUCGCAUCCGCGCGUGACACGAAACGCCCAGCGCCUCUCGUUGGAAUAUGA